UGCCACUUACCGUUUGCACUAUUUAAGCCAAAAUCCGACACUGGCGAGUUUGUGUUCAACUUCCGAUCACAGAAAUAGCAAACAGCAUGCGCGCCGUCACUGUCAUCGCUCUUGCCGCAGUCGCCUACCAGGCUUCCGCUGGCGUCGCCAGUUACUACGCUGCCCCUUAUCACUAUGCGAGCGCUCACUACGCGGCUCCUGUUUAUCAUCAGCCUGCGGUGGCCUACGUUGCUCCUGUAGUGAAGACUGCCCAUGUCGCCUACGCUACUCCAGUCGUCAAGGCUGCACCAGUCGCUUACACUGCUCCCGUCCUUCGAGCUACUCCGGUCGCUGUGGCCGCACCUGUGGUUAAAACAGCUCCCGUUUCGACUUCAUACACAACCUUCACAAAGACCGUUCAUGCUCCCACUGUAGCGUACGCAGCGCCUGUUGCCAAGGUUGCUGCCCCUGUUGCUUAUGCUGCACCCGCGCUGGGCUAUGCCGCUCCGGUGGUCAAGUCAUACGGACUUGCCCCUGCCUAUUAUGGCUACGGAUACGGCGCCACCUACAUCAAGAAGUAAACCGGAAAUCCGGUUAAUAAGCACUAGGCUUUCUUGCUUGUAAAAAUACGGUCACACUCUCACAUAGUGCCAUUCAUUGCGGAAGAUAAGAAACAAUAAUAAUAAAGCAAUGACGAAUUACCACCUUUGAUCAUAAAA